AUGGGCGAAUGCGGCUCGUCCGAGGAUCACUUCGAGUUUUCAACUGUCCAAGGCUACUUCCUACAGGAUGAGCCCACGACGGACCCGGACACCUUCGACUAUGUUUCAUCCAACUUUGGUCUCAUCUCUCGUAGGUAUGACUCUGAUGCCGAGUUCGACCCCAAGGGCCACAAGACGCAGUGGGAACGACUUGCGCACCACAUCGACAAGUUGAAUGAAGCCAGCGGUCCAGAGACAACGUAUAAGUUACUCUUCCUUGGCAGACAUGGUGAAGGAUUUCAUAAUGUUGCGGAGCAGCGAUACGGUACCGAACUCUGGGACUGCUACUGGUCUCUCCAAGAUGGCGAUGAAUACGGCACCUGGGUAGACUCGCGCCUCACAAAACUAGGCGAAUCCCAAGCAGAAACCGCACAUAACGCUUGGAAAACCCAAAUCGAAGCCGGCAUUCCCCCUCCUCAAUCGUACUACGUGAGUCCGUUGAAUCGCUGUCUCGCCACGGCAACUAUUACGUUCAAGGGACUAGGGAUUCCCCUCACGGAGCCUUUCCGUCCACUGAUCAAAGAACUCCUCCGUGAAACAAUCGGCAUACACACCUGCGAUAGCCGCUCAUCCAAAUCUGCCAUUGCAGCGGAAUACCCGCUAUUUAUAUUCGAAGACGGAUUCGCAGAGGAAGACCCCCUGUAUAAUCCGGAGCUGCGGGAAUCCGACACCGCGCGUGACGCUCGUCUCCGCGAUCUAUUGCUGGAUAUCUUUGCGCAUGAUGAUCAUGCCAUUCUUUCGCUGACUGCCCAUUCCGGAGCUAUCACUAGUAUUCUGCAGGUCGUGGAGCAUCGGAGAUUCCCCUUGGCUACUGGUGGAGUUAUCCCCGUCUUGGUGAGGGCAGAUCGUGUGGCUGGACCGCCGCCGAAAUGGAAGAUCGAUCCGCCUACGAGGGCGCCGGAGUGUAAGGAGGAUCCACUAGCAAAGAACUAG